CGUAUUGUGAGUUAAUCGCAGUACCCUUUUCUCUCUUCAAAGAUUAGAAGAUCGUCGGUAUGGCGAAAUCCUCGCGAGCGGAGGAGUCCUCCGACGAUUACAUUUCCAAUUCAUCGGCGGAGGAAGAGGUGAAGGAUCAGGCUAGCGAUGAGGAGGACGAGGAGGAGCUCGAAACCGUCGCUCGGAGCGCCGAUAAUUCCGACGACGACGACGACGAGGAGGAGAUGCCCGACGCCGCUGCUGAAGAAGAUGACGACAAUGAGGAGGUUGCUGCUGAAGUCUCCAAGCGUGAAAAAGCCAGACUCAAAGAAAUGCAGAGAAUGAAGCAGCAGAAGAUACAAGAAAUACUUGAUGCCCAGAAUGCUGCUAUUGAUGCUGAUAUGAACAAGAGAGGAAAGGGUCGUCUGAACUAUCUAUUGCAGCAGACAGAGUUAUUUGCUCACUUUGCACAGGGAGCUCAAUCUGCCUCUCAGAAGAAGGCAAAAGGAAGGGGUCGCCAUGCAUCAAAAUUAACUGAAGAGGAAGAAGAUGAAGUGUAUCUCAAAGAGGAAGAAGAUGGCCUUUCUGGCACUGGAAACACGAGGCUAGUGGCACAGCCAUCUUGUAUCCAGGGAAAGAUGAGAGACUACCAGCUUGCUGGCUUAAACUGGCUAAUACGAAUCUAUGAGAAUGGGAUUAAUGGAAUACUUGCUGAUGAAAUGGGGCUUGGUAAAACUUUGCAAACCAUUUCGUUGCUGGGUUACUUGCAUGAGUUCAGAGGGAUCACAGGCCCUCACAUGGUUGUUACUCCAAAAUCCACACUUGGCAAUUGGAUGAAGGAAAUCAAAAGGUUUUGUCCUGUUUUGCGGGCUAUAAAGUUUCUUGGAAAUCCUGAUGAAAGAAGAUAUAUACGUGAGGAAUUGCUUGUUGCUGGCAAGUUUGAUGUUUGUGUCACUAGUUUUGAAAUGGCCAUCAAAGAGAAGUCUGCCUUGCGUCGAUUUAGCUGGCGCUAUAUCAUUAUUGACGAAGCUCAUCGAAUUAAGAAUGAGAAUUCUCUUCUAUCCAAAACGAUGAGACUUUAUAAUACUAACUACAGGCUUCUAAUCACGGGAACACCACUUCAGAAUAAUCUCCAUGAACUCUGGUCUCUCCUCAACUUUUUGCUUCCUGAGAUAUUUAGCUCUGCUGAAACUUUUGAUGAAUGGUUCCAAAUAUCUGGUGAAAAUGAUCAGCAAGAAGUUGUCCAGCAGCUUCAUAAGGUUCUUCGGCCCUUCCUUCUCAGAAGGUUGAAGUCUGAUGUUGAAAAGGGUUUGCCUCCAAAGAAGGAGACAAUACUUAAAGUUGGUAUGUCCCAGAUGCAAAAGCAAUACUAUAGGGCAUUGCUUCAGAAAGAUCUUGAGGUUGUAAACGCUGGUGGAGAACGCAAACGCCUUCUUAAUGUGGCGAUGCAGCUGCGAAAAUGUUGUAAUCAUCCAUAUUUAUUUCAAGGUGCUGAGCCUGGCCCACCUUAUACAACCGGUGAACAUCUCAUAGAAAAUUCUGGCAAGAUGGUUCUUCUAGACAAGUUGCUUCCAAAGCUAAAAGAGCGUGAUUCCAGGGUUUUGAUAUUUUCGCAGAUGACAAGGCUGCUGGACAUUCUUGAAGAUUACUUGAUGUUCCGUGGACAUCUGUACUGUCGAAUUGAUGGAAAUACUGGUGGGGAAGAUCGAGAUGCUUCCAUUGAAGCCUUCAACAAGCCAGGAAGUGAGAAGUUUGUCUUUCUUUUGUCAACCAGAGCUGGAGGUCUUGGUAUCAACCUCGCCACUGCUGAUGUUGUCAUUCUCUAUGAUAGUGAUUGGAAUCCACAGGUUGAUUUGCAGGCUCAGGACCGUGCUCAUAGAAUUGGACAGAAGAAGGAAGUUCAAGUUUUCCGGUUCUGCACCGAGUACACCAUUGAGGAAAAAGUUAUUGAAAGGGCCUACAAGAAGCUUGCCCUUGAUGCUUUGGUUAUCCAACAAGGGAGACUAGCAGAACAGAAGACUGUGAAUAAGGAUGAACUGCUGCAGAUGGUGAGAUUUGGUGCCGAAAUGGUUUUCAGUUCCAAAGAUAGUACAAUAACAGAUGAAGAUAUAGAUAGAAUUAUUGCCAAGGGAGAGGAGGCAACUGCUGAACUUGAUGCCAAGAUGAAAAAAUUUACAGAAGAUGCCAUCAAAUUCAAAAUGGAUGACACUGCUGACUUGUAUGAUUUUGAUGAUGAAAAGGAUGAAAAUAAGUUUGAUUUCAAGAAAAUUGUCAGUGAAAAUUGGAUUGAACCUCCAAAAAGAGAAAGGAAACGCAAUUACUCUGAAUCGGAAUACUUCAAACAGACACUGCGCCAAAGUGGUCCUGCCAGACCAAAAGAGCCUCGAAUUCCUAGGAUGCCACAGUUGCAUGAUUUCCAGUUUUUCAACACACAGCGUCUUAGUGAGUUGUACGAAAAAGAAGUGCGCUACCUUAUGACACAUCAGAAGAAUCAAGUGAAAGACACAAUUGAGGUGGAUGAACCUGAAGAUGGGGGGGACCCCUUGACUGCUGAGGAGCAGGAAGAGAAGGAGAGACUGCUGGAAGAAGGAUUUUCAACAUGGAGUAGAAGGGACUUCAACACUUUCAUCAGGGCCUGCGAGAAGUAUGGCCGAAAUGAUAUCCAGAGUAUUGCUUCUGAAAUGGAAGGAAAAUCAGAGGAAGAGGUUGAAAGAUAUGCAAACAUUUUCAAGGAAAGAUAUAAAGAAUUGAAUGAUUAUGACAGGAUUAUUAAAAACAUUGAAAGAGGGGAGGCUAGAAUUUCACGGAAAGAUGAAAUCAUGAAAGCUAUUGGGAAGAAAUUGGAUCGGUAUAAGAACCCAUGGCUGGAAUUAAAGAUCCAGUACGGCCAGAACAAAGGGAAGUUAUACAAUGAAGAAUGUGAUCGUUUCAUGAUAUGUAUGGUUCACAAGCUUGGGUAUGGGAAUUGGGAUGAGCUGAAGGCAGCAUUUCGUACUUCGCCAUUGUUUCGGUUUGAUUGGUUUGUGAAGUCCCGUACCACUCAAGAACUUGCAAGAAGAUGUGAUACACUUAUCCGGUUGGUGGAGAGAGAAAACCAAGAAUAUGAUGAGCGGGAGAGGCAGGCCCGUAAAGAGAAAAAACUAGCAAAGAAUAUGACCCCAUCCAAGCGUUCUGCUGCUAGACAUGCAGCAGAGAGUCCUCCAAACACUCUGAAGAAGCGAAAGCAAUUAUCGAUGGAUGACUAUGGGAGGAAGAGAAGAUGACGUCAGGCGUAUUUGGUAAUGAAAGAUGAGAAAAUUAUUCUAGUCAUAUUAUGGUGGAUCAUUUGGGGUUAUUUUGCCUUAAGCCAAAUGGCUUCAAUUGGUACAGUGUACACCUUGACUCUUGAGGCAGCAUAAUCUAAUGGUAGAUGCAUUAUGCAAGUAAAUUUUGGAAUAGAAAUGGCGUAGCUAUGCGAGGUAACAGUGGUUUGGUUGUCACUGUUCUGAAUAUAGGACCUUCUUAACAAGUGACCUUUGAGCAGAUUAAUACUAAAUAUAGGCCCCAUUUACCUGGACUUUUUUCGGCGGGUAUAAUUAUUCAAGAGGAAUUGUGAUCUAUACCGGAUUUGGGGAUAAAAAUUGGGUACUUGCUAUACAAAGUACGUACCUUACAAGAUUCUAUUUAUCCAACCUAAUAAUAAAAAAUAAAUGAGGCCAUAGUUGACACAGUGGCAUUUUUGCACUUGAAACAAUGAGCACAC